AAGUAUCGUAAUUACCAGAAAGAAUGAAAGAAAAACGAAAACAGCUUACCUUACAUAGUUCGCGUGAUCGUAACCGUUCAAAAUGAUUUCAAAUUUCAAUGGAUCAUAUUCGGUGAAGUAUCCGUAAACAACUGGAUGAACGGUCGUGAUUGAACGGUAGAGGGGCCGGGUCUAGAAAAAGAACAAAGACGGGUUCAUUUGAACGUUCUGGGCAAUUCUCAAACCCUCCUGCAACUUUCCCGCGCCCUUGGCUCUCGACUCUGCCCAUGUCUGAGAAUCCAUUUCAGGCCAUCUUUCUAAACUUGGAGAAAAUCUCGCAUGGCGUUCAAACCCUUUUGUCCCAGUUCGCCGGGCUUUCCAAUCACCAAUCAUCACCACCCACGAAUGGACGGCGGCCUCUCUUUUCUCUCGCGUCAUCCUUCAAUCCAAACCCAUUGAACGCAAGUAGUAACUCCAGUGUUCUCUUACCGAAAGAGCUCACCAACGAGGGAAAAUCUGCUACACCUGUAACUAAAGAAGAGCUUGGCAGGGCCACCUGGAUUUUUCUCCACACUCUUGCUGCCCAGUAUCCGGAUAAGCCAACUAGGCAGCAACAGAAGGAUGUAAAAGACCUGAUGGAUAUAUUAUCUCGAAUGUACCCUUGCAAGGAAUGUGCAGAUCACUUUAAAGAAAUUUUGAGAGCAAAUCCUGUACAGGUUGGAUCUCAAGCUGAGUUUUCCCAGUGGUUAUGUCAUGUACACAAUGUUGUGAACAGAAGCCUAGGCAAGGUGGUGUUCUCAUGUGAGCGAGUAGAUGCAAAAUGGGGCAAAUUGGACUGUGAGCAGCGCACAUGUGAUCUACAAGGAAAUACAAAGAUUUUUGGUGACAAAAUGCAAUAGAAUUUUAUGUCCAUAUAUUUGGCUUAAGGCAAUUUCUGAAAAAUAUCUUUGUUAUUGUUUUGGUGCGUGUUUUAUGUUUUUGUUGUUGCUAAAAGUUUGGAUAUGUAGAGCUUGGUUUUCCAA